AUGCUGCCCACCGUACUCGCCCUUGCUGCGCUCGCAGCCACGAGCAUCGCUUCUCCGUUCCAUGACAAACGAUGGGACAACCUCAAGGUCAAGCAUGAGUGGGUCCAGACUCCAAAACACUGGAUUGAAGUCGGGCCCGCACCUACCGAGUCCAAGAUACAUCUUCGAAUCGGUCUGAAGCAGCAUGGCUUCGAUGAGCUAGUCAAGCACCUUUAUGAAGUUUCGGACCCGUCACACAGCCGUUACGGGGCACAUCUGUCGAAAGAAGAUGUCGACACUCUUGUGGCCCCCCAUCCGGACUCGACCGCUCUCACGGAUUCUUGGCUUCUGCAUCACGGAAUCCAGCCGUCUAGCUGCCAUCGCUCAUCGUCAGGCGAUUGGUUGACAGUUCCUGUUACUAUUGAGCAAGCAGAGCGCAUGUUAGGAACGAAAUACAGGAUUUAUCAACACGAUAUCACGGAUGAGCAGAUCGUUCGCGCUAUGAGUUACUCGCUUCCUGAGGAUCUUCAUAAUCACAUUAACGUGGUCACCCCAACAACGUACUUCUCCACGAUGAAAGCGAUGAAAGCGACGCACCGAAUCAUGCCAGAAAUCACAUCUUUGGACGAUGAUCAUGCUCUCCAGUCGCAAAUCGCUCAACCAGGCGGGCUGGCCACUGUGCCCGCUAGUUGCAGCACGACCAUCACGCCCACUUGCCUGCGAGCAUUAUACAACACGUCUACGUAUGUGCCGCAAGCCACGGACGUCAAUGUCCUUGGCGUAGCAGGUUAUCUGGAUGAGUUCGCCAACCAUGCAGACCUUCAGACUUUCUUCAGCCGGUUUAGAACCGACGCGGUCGGUGCCGACUUCACAGUAGUGCAGGUGAACGGAGGAGGAAAUGAUCAGACCGAUCCCGGUGUUGAAGCCAACCUGGAUAUUCAAUACACGGAAGGCAUGUCCUUCCCCACUCCGAAUGUAUACUUCAGCACCGGAGGGUCUCCUCCCUUCGUGGCAGAUGACAACACGCCUACUAACACCAACGAGCCAUACUUGGAUUUCCUCGGAUUCCUCCUCAACCAAACAACGGUGCCUCAGACAUUGACCACGUCAUAUGGUGACGACGAGCAAACCGUGCCAUUCGACUUUGCUCAGGCGGUGUGCAAUGACUUCGCCCAACUUGGUGCUCGGGGAACAAGCAUCAUGUUCUCAUCUGGAGAUGACGGUGUUGGCGGUAGUGAUUGCCUCACUAACGACGGAACGAACCGCGUCCUGUUCCAACCCAACUUUCCAGCGUCCUGUCCGUUCGUCACUACCGUUGGAGGGACUAUUAGAGUGGCACCGGAAGUUGCGGUGUCAUUUAGCGGAGGUGGAUUCUCUCGCUACUUUGCUCAGCCCAGCUAUCAAGCAAGCGCGGUGGAUUCGUUCCUGGCCGGUUUAGGUGACACGUUCUCUGGACUGUUCAACGCAACGGGCCGAGCGUAUCCUGAUGUCGCCGCUCAGGGCCAAGGAUUCCAGGUCAUCCUAGGCGGUCGUACGAUUUCGGUCGGUGGCACCAGCGCCAGUUCGCCGACAUUCGCAGGCGUCGUUUCCCUCCUCAACGACUUCCAGCUUGCAAACGGGAAGAGUCCUCUGGGAUUCCUUAAUCCAUUGCUGUACGGUCAAGGGACCGCCGGUCUGAACGACAUAGUGUCAGGGAAUAAUCCUGGAUGUGGCACUACUGGUUUCAGCGCUGGUGUUGGCUGGGACCCGGUAACCGGCCUAGGGACUCCCGACUUCGGGAAGCUCCAAAACCUACUUCCUUGAGAGAAAGCAGAUCUCGCGCCUCAAUGGGCCGUGACGUUCAGGCAGUAAUCGCUGCGGUGUUUUGUGAUGCCAGCUGUAUAUUAGCGUGUUUACAAUCUCAGGAAGAGGAGAAUUUGUACUCACUGUUCAGAAUGUCAUAGUGUCUAGGACGGGGCCCGACUAAACGAGGGAGAUAUAGCUGUUGCCACAGUAGAUGCAUCGUCGUGUUGCUUCAAGAAGCUCUUGCACGACCCAGGUACGCGCCGGUAUCGGUAGAUGAGAGUUACCGUGCGUAGCAGGCAAAAACGCUUUGCGUCCGCAUCCGCAACACGUGCGCACUGCAGGUGUGGACAAGAUGAAAUACGUAAUUGUGCAGCGUGGCCAAAAAUGACCGUUUGGGCAGAGUGCAUAUAUUGGGUCUUCAAGCUUAACUUCCGCAUGGCAUGCAGGGCAGCGUUCAUUCACGUCAACGGCCGAAGAGGUAGUAUCUCCUGCGACAUCCGAGAGUGAGUCUGCUAAGUUCUUAGCAUCGAGAAGCAACGCCGGCGAUGACCCAGGAAGUGAAGAUUGAAGAAUCACGCGCAUCACAAACGGCCUACUGCCAGCGUCAAGAAGUGGGAUCGACGCUUGUAGAUGACGGACCAGUAUAUGCAAUAUGUUGUGGGAGAUGCAUGUUAAUAGGGAUUGAGCUACGUUCCCGACGUGUGCCUGUUGCUCUGGCACUGUGGCUAACAGUUUCCAGCAAAAAUCAGCAACGGAGAAACCCAAACGCCAAUGCAGCAUGGUAUCGCUCCCGAAGAAGUGCGAAGUAAGGCUUAUCCUGAACCAGUCUCGAAGAUCUUCAGUUAUGGGUGCAGCCAAGUGUAUCUCCGAGGUUCCCUCGAGCUGGCAAUCCCGCAGUAUGUCCCGAAUAGUUGACGACAUUCGCAUGAGCCGCUCCAUUUCGCGGAGCUGGAACAAUAUGGGCCGUAACAAGUGAAUCGGUGCGUAUCCCCACACGGCCUUCGAACGGACGAGAACAUCACGUAUAGCUUUAGCAACAAGAAGAUCGUCUUCAUGUACAUCGGUGCCGCGCCACAUUUUAGCGACGACGAACACGCUCUGAUGCUUCGCGUCAUGUUUGUAACUGAAGUCAGUGGGUCGUGCUAAUUCCUGCAACCAGACUACUGACGACCAAUCGUCAUAAGAUAUCAUGCCGGCCAUGCGGUUUACAUCGGUGAAUCGAGGCUUGCGAGCGCUAUCUUCGAGAUCGGCGUCG